GGUGGAGGUUUAUGUAUCACAGAAAACAUAAGGUGGGGUUCUCUGCCAGUUCUUCCUUACAGUGUCCUUCAUUAUGAAGAUGUGCUUCAUGCUUUUGCUUAUUGUUUUCAGUCCUUUUAUGGCUGCAGGGUCUGGAGCCACAGCAUUGGGUCAGCUCUGUUUUAAAGAUUCACCUAAUGCUUUUAAAGUACGAAUCAGCCUGAAGACAGCUCUUGGAGAUGAGGCAUAUGAUUGGGAUGAGAGCGAACAGUUCUACUUUCAAGCAACAGUGGCAUAUGGUAUGAGAAAAUCAAUGAACAAACCAUUCAAUGUAUCCGAUGUGCACAUAUGUGAGAAAACAGAAAGGAUCUCAUUUUAUUUUGUGGUGACAGAUCCAUAUAGUGGAUCGAAACCUCUUCCCAAGACAGAUGUGGAAAACGCGAUCAGAAUGGUCAGAGCCAGAUUCAACAAUGCCUUUUCCCUGGAUGACCACACACUGGAGUUUGUGGGUAUCAAGCCUACCUUUUCCCCAACCCCAGAGCAACCUGUCACUGUGUGGCUGAUCGUAUUUGGUGUCAUCAUGGGCUUGAUAGUGGUUGGUUUAAUUAUGAUAAUUGUGACCAGUCAGCGUGACAAAAUGAAGAAAGCAAAAUCUGCAGAAAAGGAAAAAGAAAAUGAAGAGGCAAAUUUCAAAGGGGCUGAGAAUGGAAUCUCCUGCCAAGCGCUGUGCGAGAGCGAAGGAUGUCAAAAUGAAGCAUUCUAUCCAGAUGAUGAUAAUUUAACAACGCUAUAAAAUCAGCUCUUCCCUACCAUCUGCCUAAAACAUCUCUGAGGGUCAUUGCAGCCUUUAGUUCUUUAAUGGAAUUAACUCAGUAAGUGUUAUUAAAAAUUAAAUGCUAACCCUUAAAUCAGUUCAGUUUUAUUUUUUUUUUCAUUUUUAGGGAGUUCAUUUGCUUCACAUUGAAUGAACACGUGGAGCAAUAUUAAAUGUUGCAGCAAAUCUGUAAAUGCUAAAUUGUGUCUAAAGUUAGAGUCCUGUUUAUCUUCCUUAUAUGAUGAAUAUUUACUACUUAAGGGGUCCUGUUAAAGUGUGAGAUUCGAAGGACCUUCACUGGCAUCAUUAGAUCAUAAAAAUACAUGGAUUCAAAAAAUGUCAUCCAAAUGAAGAAACAUUUUUACGUUGACAUGCCUUUUUUUAUUCAUUUAGCUCAAAAUAGAUCAAAAUAAGAUUUUGCUGAAGAAUCAGGCACAUUGGAAUUAUAUGAAAAAUAAGCUAUGUUAUACACAUAAAACAUAUACAAAGACUUUAUACAACAUAUCCUUCAGUACUUUGCAGUGUCUCAUGUCCAUAGAAUCAUGGAAAAUUUACACCAUUAGAAGUUAUUCAGCCUAAUGUCUCUGCUAGUCAAAACAAUAGGUAUCCAACAUAAUCCCAUUUUCCAACACUAGGUCCAUAGCCCUGCAGGUCACAGCUCUUAAUGUGCACAUCCAAAUAAUGUUAUUAAUUAUCCUGCUGUAGCUGACUUUUGUCCAAAUGGAUGUUGUCUUUGCUCUAAACUUUUAUCGAUGUAAAGCAGUGAUUAGAUUCAGAAUUCUUAUCAGUUAAGGAACUGGAAUACAUCUAUAUACUUGACAACAGAUAAAUUCAUAUUUGUUUUGUAAAAUAUUUUGUGUAAUAAAUAAUUCUGAUACCCAGGCA